ACAUCUUUGGCUUGCUCAUACACAACAAAAGCAACCUAUACCGUUGCUUUCUGCCUCUUAGGGGAUCGCUUAUCCCCGUCGCUCUUCCUUUACCAACCUCCUUAAAACAUGCCGCAGAUGCCCGUGUCUUCCACUCCUUGCGCCUCUAUCAAACCCUCUUUCCUCAGCGUUCUACCCCGGCUUGAACUGGUGGUAUUCCCGUACGAGACCAAGCUUCCUCCCCUACAUAGCCGCUCCCUUGCAACCUCCCCACCUGGCUCAGCCCGUCAAGAUGCAGCUUUAGCCUUUUCACCUGCCCCCUACACCCUCCCUUUCCCACACAGCAGCCGCACCGCACCACUCAGCCUCUUCCCCAAAUAAAUUAGAAAUCAAAAAAUAUAAUCAAUUAGCAAUU